GCGGCAGAUCCAAGACAUGCAAGAAUCAAGAUGACGUCCCUUGUCACCGAUGUUCUGCUCGCAAACACGGAUCUGUUGGAAAAGGAAGACCUGGGGACGCGCAUCGGCAAAUUAUCAACUCACAUUGAUGAGAUCAAGGGUGAAAUCUACCACGCCGUACACGAGAAGUAUGCCAACUACAGACCCACCAGGGACUCCACCCAGGAGCUACACAACAAGGUGCAGACACUGUCCACUGAGAUGCAGACUCUCAGCAAUAAGAUCAAGGUUAAACAACACGGUGACUCCACUGUGGAACCAGCCGUAUGAGGACCAGCUAUC